CUCACCUACGGUGCUCAACGUUCAACGUCUGUAUCUGUGUAGGUCGAAGCACCGCAUACCUGUCGCCUCCAGACACUUUCCCUUUCCAACUUUAUUUUCGUUGGCUUAUCACACAUCAACCGUCCUACGGAGAUUAAGAACCAUCGAACGGUAUAGGUGCGGGCUUGCUUAGCGGAUGCGCGCAGUCAUCAUCAGUUCAGUUGAACUUUGAAUUCCAUUCGGACCGGUUCUGUUCACCCUAAGCCAGCAUACCUAUACGAUGGGGUUCGCGGGGCGAUUUCUCUUCGUGACAUUGACACUGCUUGUGGCAUUGCUGUUCAAGGUAUACCAGGACGUUGCGGCUCCGGCUGCAAUUCCGGCCAUAGACUACAGCGAGUACUGGGGCCCAGGAGACGCCAAAAACUACAAGGAAGAUGUUGAAGUGAAACCAUUCAAGUUGGGCUAUGCGGAUAACGUUAUCGAAAAGCUCAAGAAUAAGUUGGAUGAUGCGCCGAAGCUAACGGAACCAUUGGAGGGAACGGCCUUCGAGUAUGGCUUCAACAGUAAAAGACUUCAGGAAAUUUUGACCUACUGGCGGACGGACUAUCUCGGUCGGUGGAACGAACGCCAAGAGUACCUGAACCAGUUUCCCCAGUUCAGAACACAAAUUCAAGGAUUGGAUAUUCAUUUCCUGCGAGUCAAGCCGGAAGUACGAAACCCGAAACGCAUAGUUCCUCUGCUGAUGUUGCAUGGAUGGCCCGGCUCAGUUCGAGAGUUCUACGAAAUAAUCCCGAAGUUGGUCACCCGCAGCAAUGAAAAGGAGUACGUUUUCGAAGUGAUCGUACCCAGUUUGCCGGGUUACGGAUUCAGCCAGGGUGCAUCAAAACCGGGACUCAGUCCAGCAAAGAUUGCCGUUAUCAUGCGAAACUUGAUGACCCGUCUAGGGUUCAAAAAGUACUACGUUCAUGGCGGCGAUUGGGGAGCAGUUGUUGGAAACCUUAUGGCAACUUUCUUCCAGGACGAAGUUUUAGGCGUCCACUUGACCAUGUGUAUGAACACGGCUCCUAUCGGUACAUUGAAAAAUCUGGUUGGUGCAGUAGCCCCAUCUUUAGUCGUAGACAGAAAAUACGUGGACUUCUACUAUCCAUACCUGGAUCGUUUGAAGCUUCUCAUCACGGAAACCGGUUACAUGCAUAUUCAAGCAACGAAACCGGACACAAUCGGCGCAACUCUAAUCGGGAAUCCAGUUGGGCUUGCCACGUACAUCCUAGAGAAGUUCUCCACCUGGACCAAUCCGCAAUAUCGAAGCCUUCCGGAUGGAGGUCUUGAAAAAUAUUUCACCUUGGACAGUCUACUAGAUAACGUCAUGAUCUACUAUCUGACCGAUUCCAUAACCACAUCCCAGAGGCUCUACGCGGAAACGUUCAACAUCCGGGAGAUAUCUCGCGAACUCGAUCGCAUCCCAACGCAAGUCCCGGCAGCCUGUGCCAAGUUCAGACAUGAACUUUUCCAACAAACCGACUGGUCUCUGCGCGAUCACCUUCAGAAUAUGAUCCAGAGCAAUCACUACGACGAUGGUGGUCAUUUUGUGGCCAUGCAACUGCCGGAGGUCCUGUACCGGGACAUCGUUCAGUUUGUAAACCGUUUGUACCGUCGGGAGGAUCAAUAAUCAAUAUUGUAUGGAAAACAAACUUUUGCCACCAAAAGAAGUAUCUAAAAAGGCUGAAUUAAAUAAAGAAGAUACUAAAGAAUUCAAA